AUGCCUCGUUGUUUGAUCAAGUGCAUGAUGCGUUACGGACAGAAUGAAAGGUCUGACGAUGAUUCAGAUUCACCUGUGCACAAAACACCAACUACAAAAGAGCCUAAAAGAAAGAAAAGAAAAUACAAAGACAAUUUUGGAAAAUUGGAUAACAUUUGGUCAUGGUCACAUCUACCCAUUGUAACAAGAUACAACUUUCAGAGAAAUGAGAACAUCAUGUGGAAUCCAAGUUCAUCUAGAAAUAUUGACAUCUUUCUCAACAACACUCAAGAAAACAAAGAAAAUAUGUCUCCCAGCAACUGUACAAAUCAACCCAUUAAUCAUAAUGAUAUCACUAAUAUCAGAUCUUCAGAAGUGUCAAAGUUGUUACAACUGAAAGAGAAUCAGCCAGCAGUUCCUCAAAGUCUAGAACAAAAUAAAAUUGAUUUUGCUAAUCCAAAAAAUACACAGAUGCAGAUGCAGAAUUUCAUGUCUAUAAUUUAUUCACCAACCAAUGUCAAUGAGAAUAAAACUAUCAACAUUUGUAAAAGGGACAAAAGUAGUUCUGCAUCUGAAGGAACACCUAAUCCAAAACGCAGUAAGACUAUGCACUUUUGUCCUUAUUGCAAUAAAAGCUUUGAUCGCCCAUGGGUUUUAAAAGGGCACCUUCGACUUCAUACUGGGGAACGACCGUUUGGUUGUCCAGUUUGUAACAAAUCUUUUGCUGAUCGAUCCAAUUUGAGAGCACAUCAAAGAACCAGAAACCACCAUGAAUGGCAAUGGAAAUGCGAAAUUUGCUUGAAAGCUUUCUCUCAGAGACGCUACUUAGAACGUCAUUGCCCAGAAGCUUGCCGUAAAUACAGAAUGUCUCAGAAGAAAGAUUAA